GGAUAUGUACUGUGCAGAUGGUCAGAUCUGGAUAAAUCUGACAUGAAACCAAGAAAAACCUCCAAAAGUGCAGAGAUUGCCGCAUAAACAGCCGCGUUGACAACUUAAAAAAAACAAGACCAGAUUUUUCAAAUACUCCAAAAAUCAAGAUUCACAACCCCAAGCUCGUUGUUGGAUAUGGCAUAGAGACGGCCUCGGGACGGAACAAGACGGCAAAGACACCAGUACCGUGGAUUGGACUGAGAGCCCCAUUUCAGACAAUGUUUCUUAUGGUACAGAUAGCUGCAUUCAAGUUGGCAUCGAGCAACCGGAGCGUGUGAAAGCGAAGAGAUUCCUGCUUUCGUGGAUGUCGAAGAGGUUGGUCGAUGGUGUUGACUGACCAACAGGCCUGGGCAGCUGACUAAGCACACGACGCAGCCUCUUUCUUGACAACCAAGCAGGUUCAUGUUCAAGUUCAUCAUCCACACACUCCGUCGACAAGGUCUCCAGAUACAGUGGUUCCUGACGGCCACAUUCUCCAGAUCUAUUAUCAUGAACAAGACAUGCAGGGUUAUGAUCCGAUAUUCGGGUCUGGUCUCAAUCCUCCAGUUUCGUGCCUAUACCCUGGGCAUUCUAUCAACCAUUCUCCACAGACAAAGACAUGUCUUUCAGGGUCUUCUCUUCUUCUAGGCUUUCAUCCAUACAAUCGUUGAUUGUAUGACGCUUUUGAAUGCCUAAUGAUUGAUAUCAUUAUAGAUAUCGUUAAAGAUGGCGAAUAUAUGUUGAAUCGACAUAUAUAUUGCUGAGCCUCCUAGCUAUCUACUUCCUAUCUCUUCGGCUUCUAUCUUAAGAGAAACAACACAUGAGCUGAGCUACAUAUCUACUUGUAUUAAGACUUCCACAUUCAUUACCACAGAUUGGAUUUUCAUUCCACCAGUUAACCUGUGUCUCUCCAUUGCAGCAAUGGGGCGCGUUCUGUUACUUCCAUUCCUUCUGCUUGGUGUCAUUACAUCGACCUACGCAGGAGGACAGGAUGGCUAUGCUGUUUGCGUAAUCUGGUGUGCGUCUAAAUUCAGCCAUUCUGUGGCUGAAUGUAUCAUGCUUGCAGGGCAUGGAAGAGGACCUUGCUAUGAGUGCGGCCCCUUCAGGACCUCUGACAACUGGCAAUUUCGGAACGGCAAGUGCGUUAAAAUUGGUGACGGCAAGGAACAUUGCGAAUAUGAUACGGGGUUGGGCUAUUGCGUCCCUAGACGCCCGAAUCCAAAGAGCACCAAGUCAAGGCCAACGACAUUUAGAACGUCAACUAGGCGUUAUCGUACGGAUAAGAAUGCGUAUCCUACCGAGGAGUAUCCUACUAACCCAUACCCAACGAACGCAUACCCAACAAAGGAUUAUCCUACUAAGAAGUACCCAACAGACACAUACCCGACAGAGGAGUAUCCUACCAACCCAUACCCAACUGGCACUCGCCCAACAAAGGAUUAUCCUACUGAGAAGUAUCCAGCAGACACAUACCCGACAGAGGAGUAUCCUACUAACCCAUACCCAAUGAAUGCAUACCCAACAAAGGAUUAUCCUACUGAGAAGUAUCCAACAGACACAUACCCGACAGAGGAGUAUCCUACCAACCCAUACCCAACUGGCACUCACCCAACAAAGGAUUAUCCUACUGAGAAGUAUCCAACAGACACAUACCCGACAGAGGAGUAUCCUACCAACCCAUACUCAACUGGCACUCACCCAACAAAGGAUUAUCCUACUGAGAAGUAUCCAGCAGACACAUACCCGACAGAGGAGUAUCCUACCAGGGAGCAUCCUACCAAUCCAUACCCAACUGGCACUCACCCAACUAAGGAUUAUCCUACUGAGAAGUAUCCAACAGACACUUACCCGACAGAGGAGCAUCCUACCAACCCUGGCACUCACCCAACUAAGGAUUAUCCUACUGAGAAGUAUCCAGCAGACACAUACCCGACAGAGGAGUAUCCUACCAGGAAGUAUCCUACUAACCCAUACCCAACUGGUGCUUACCUGACAGAGGAUUAUCCUACUGAGGAGUACCCUACUGACUUAUAUCCCACCAAGGGGUAUUCAAUUAAGGGAUAUCCUACUAAUCCAUACCCAAUUGAUGCUUACCCAACAGAGGAUUAUCCUACUGAGGAGUACCCAACUGACCUAUAUCCCACCAAGGAGUAUCCUACUAACCCAUACCCAACUGGCGCUUACCCGACAGAGGAUUAUCCUACAGAAGAGUACCCAACUGACCUAUAUCCCACCGAGGAGUAUCCGAUUAAGGGAUAUCCUACGAAGGUUCAGACCAAAACACGAAUUAAAACUCGUACUGAAACGCGCACUAGAACUCGCACCACUAGAACUCGCACCACUAGAACUCGCACCACUAGAACUCGCACCAUAACUCGCACUCGCACUGCUACCACCACCACCACUGCAACCACAAGCCCAGUCACCACCACUACGAGCCCGGUCACCACUACCACUACGAGCCCGGUCACCACUACCACUACAACCAGCCCUGUGACAACUACAACCACCACCACAACUACACCGGUGACCACCACUACCACCACACCAGUAACCACCACCACCACCACUACCAGCCCUGCCACCACCACUACACCGGCGACCACCACUACCACCACACCAGUAACCACCACCACCACACCGGCGACCACCACCACCACCACUACCAGCCCUGCCACCACCACUACACCGGCGACCACCACUACCACCACACCAGUAACCACCACCACCACACCGGUGACCACCACCACUACUCCAGGAACCACUACCACUACACCAGCGACCACCACCACCACUACACAAAUGACUACCACUACCACAACACCUGCCGUCAUGUGACUGCCGUCACCGUCUGUGCAGUCAUUGUCAUUCCUUGAUUGAAAUAUUUCUUUUGUCAUUAGUUAUUCUCUUCUAUUCAGCUCCACUUAAAAACACAAGAAGAGCUUUAUUAUUUCAAAAAACGGAUUUUCCUUAGAGAGAGAGAGUUAAAAGAAUGAGUUGCCUUGGUUUGUGUUUUAAAAAAAAUAAUUCACUGCUAUUUAUUUCCUACUACUACUUAAUACACUUUAUUCUUUAUUGCAGUUUUAAUUAAUUUAGGCUUUUUUCCCCCCCUUUUUCUUUUUCUUGAAAUCAUCUAUUAUGCCUUUAUCUGGUCUCUUACUCCCCCCUCCCUCCUCUCUCUCAAUAAACUAUAUAUUCAGACAUAUCACUCGUGCAAAUCUUAAUGAUUCUCAAAAUAAAACUUGCACCUAAUGCUAGCUACAUUCUGCUAAUCAAAGGGAUUCUGUGAUGCAUAACAUUUGGCUAGUUACAUCCGGGGAAUGCGCUUUUGCCUUUCGAGAUACGAGGCCAGAAGCAGUGAUCAAUCGUUCGACCAAGCCGUUUAGCCAAAUGUAAUUUGUUCAGCUCCUCCUUGUCCGUGGGCGCCCAUUUGGCGAGAGAGAAGCGAACAGGCCAGGAUAUCAUGGCUCACCCAGGGGUGAUUGUGGUUGCAGGCUAGUACGUACAUACAUUACAUACAAUAUAGACCGAUUCAGCUUAAGAAAAAUUAUGGGGUGAUGAGGAUCAUCGCAUCUCGGGCCUCUCUUUCCUUUAAUUUUUUAUGAAGAUUGAUUUUUCAACAGGGGAGCCAGUGAUAAUGGGCACGCAACGCGGUAGAUUGGGAUGGAGGGGUGGGAAAGAUGGCCUUAUAUCCUACUCCUGUGCUACGUCUGUGGAAUUAUGUGAAAAGUAUAUUUAUUAUUUGCUACAACAAGCCGCCGUACUAAGUGUUUAACUUUUUCAAAAUGAACGAUUUAUUGAGAUAGCGGGUAUGAAAGUGGAAGAAAAUAAUAUGACCAGUAUAGCACAUGCACUUAUUACCACAUAUCUUGAUCUACACUAUGACAUUGAUAAAGAAAUUAGACG